AUGAGGGGGAAAUACUUUCUGCUCGGUUACUUGUUGGUCAAAGUUAUGGCGCUGGUCUGCAAAGCAGACGGAGAAGCAGGACAACUGGAGGGCUUUGUCAUGAUGACGAUGUCCAACGGAUCCAAGGAGGACGAGGGCGCAGGCUUCUCGGAGCCCCCGCACACGGAGGACAGGUGCCGGGGGUACUAUGAUGUGAUGGGUCAGUGGGACCCGCCGUUCGUUUGCAAAACGGGCGAUUAUCUGUACUGCUGCGGCACCUGUGGCUUUCGGUUCUGUUGCUCCUACAAGACCUCGCGGCUGGAUCAGAGCACCUGUAAAAACUACGACACUCCGGUGUGGAUGAUGACAGGUCAAACCCCGUUUAAGAAAAACGACCUGCGGCACGACCCCACCAAAGAUAAAACGAAUUUAAUCGUGUAUAUAAUCUGUGGAGUAGUCGCUAUCAUGGCACUUGUUGGGAUAUUCACCAAACUCGGCCUGGAAAAGGCGCACCGACCCCAGAGAGAGAAUAUGACUAGGUGGGUUUCUGUGGUUAUGCUGCUGUUGAGCGCGCCGCGAGCUCCUUUCAUGCGCUUGUUUUCAAGGAGCUCGCUUGGUGCACACAUGUAGGCUAGAGCGCGCGCCACAAUAAUAUUUAACGCUUGAGUUCUAGACUCGGGCUUGCCAGCUUUAUAUUGGUAAACGACUCUAGGCUACCUUAUUGUAAUAGCCUUGUCCCUGAAAGUAGGAAGCGAGGAUCCAAUCUAAAUGUGGUUCUUGUUUAAAAUUAUAAUAAGAAAUCCCCCAAUCAAUUACUUUUAAGCGCACAAUAAAGGCCUCUUCAAUGGACAGAAAGUAGCUGUCAGCGACAGUUUAUCAAUUGGACUAGAUUGCAUAAUGUCAUCAGACACUUGUCCACGAUGGCUCACCUGUGUGGGCUGCUUGCCUGCUUCACUCGCAGAGAGCACGGGGGCGUGUGUCUCUUGCAGUGGAGAGCGAGGCCACAAUGCUCUCCACAUGCGCAUGUUAACUCAAAUUAACUUAUUCAUAUGAAAAUGUUAAAUGUUGUUUUCUCUUGAACUCCAUGCCCUGUGCACACAACUGUGCACAGCCUGGUCUAAUAGACUAGACAUAUCAUAGUAAAGGUAAAUCCGAGACACUAAAAUGUGUAUGAUAUGUUAUGUUUGGUAUGGUUACAUAAGACAGAUGGUUAAGUGGCUGGUCUGGGUGGUCUAGCGUUUUCGAAUCUCAUCAUGGACAACUUUAGCAUUUUAGCUAAUUAGGAACUUUUCAACUACUUACUUAUUUUUUCCUAAUUUGCAACUACUUAGCAUGUUAGCUAACCCUUCUCCUAACCCUAACCAUAACCCUUUAAGCUAACCCUAACCUUAAACCUUUUAGCUAACCCUUUAACCUAACUCCUAAACUUAACCUUAACCCUAACCCUAACCCUAACCCCUAGCCUAGAUAACGUUAGCCAGCUAGCUAACGUUAGCCACCUAACCACCUAGCUAGAAUUCGUAACAUAUCAUACAUUUGCAAAUUCGUAACAUAUUGUACGUUUUGCAAAUUUGUAACAUAUAAUACGAAAUGGGUGAUGGACAUCCACAAAUUAAUACAUACCAUAUGAAACAUAACAUAUCAUCCUAAAUGAAGUGUCUCAGAUUUACGUACAUAAUAAUACGAAAUGCUCUGAGACCAGUUUGCAGCGCAGCGGUGUUUGGCAUGAAAUCAAGCACUAGGCAUAAUUCUUCAUUGAACAUAUUACUUUGUCUGUCUGGCUAUUUCUUACAUCUGGAUGAAUGGCAAUCUCUCUCUCUCUCUCUCUCUCUCUCUCUCUCUCUCUCUCUCACACACACACACACACACACACACAGGGCUGUCCAGAGCGUGUUACAGGUCGGCUGUCCAGGUGAGCAGUUCCAGGGGGAGGACACCCUUGGCAUGCAUGCACAGCACUAUGACACAAGGGCCAACAACCUCCGUAAGUUUCACAGUUUUGGCCCCUAUAAGCAUAGGUUUUUGGUGGUGAUGGUUGUGGACAGCUGUGUGUGGAUGUAUCUGCAACUUCAGAGACAUUUGAGACUGGGAGGGUUGGCCAUGAGGGCCCCAAACAGAUAAUAGCAAACAUAAUGUGGGCAGGUUGCCUUGUUUCAUAUUGUACACUGACUCUCAAUGAAGCAUUUGGUCUCUGUAUGGGUAUGAUGCUUGUAUCAUAGCCAGAUUUAUUAGUUUCAAGUGUGGCAUUCAUUUUAUAAUCUUAGAUGGAGUCAUGUGGAGGGAAACAAACUGCCUUAUGCUUUAGAAAUCCAGUGGUAAUUCACAGUUUUAUUUUGUCCCAUGCCUACAUGAUUCAAUGAUUCAAGAUGUGUAGGAGAGAGAGAGAGAGAGAGAGAGAGAGAGAGGGAGAGAGAGAGAGAAUGGAAUCUAUUUCUGUUGCAUCCUGUGGGCUGCAACCACAGUUAUGGGCUUUGUGUAAACAACUCAGAAACACAGAAGAGGCUUAAUCUAGAGUAAUUCAUACACAUUCCAUACUGCUGUACCAAGUGAUUCUGAUUCCGGUACGAUUAUAUCACCCCCUUUUGUGGCUGGAUGUGUUUCGUCCUAAACAUUGACAAAUUAUUAAAACACAAAGCAAGCGGCACAUCUAAGCCCCCUCCUACCUGAAAGGAUGUAUUUUGAGACGUACUGACUGAAACUGAGAGUGUAGCUGACAGUGUUGUUGUCAGUGGGAUUUGUUCUAUUUUCUUGAUACUAUCAAACACAAUCUGACUGACACACCUGAUCAUCCGGUGUGACUGUACUGGGCUCCUAACAGCUCUCCUUCGAAUCAUUUUAAAGUAGGGUCCUUUGUCUCUAAUGUCUUCUGGGGUGCUGGUGUCUUCUGUCAUCGAUUAUAUCUAGAAAUAACUGCCACUGAUGCUUUGAAGAGGCAGAUGUACCAGGUCUAUCCCGCAAUACAUAAAGGUUAAAUAUAUAUAGAUAGAAGUACCAAACAUGGGGGGACAUGUGUGGAAAUCUUAAACAAGGCUCUAGUCUAAAGCAAGGCUCUCUGAAGUAUGUAUAGUAAUGUAUGCUGGUUGGAUGUGGUCCUUGCUCUUUUCUUCUGCUGCUCUGAGGGAACCCAGAAAUAGGAUAAUAUCACCUGGGAGGCCUGGCUGGUGAAAUUGUGAUUAUUAGUGAUGUGGAACCCUCCUCCACUCUUUAGUCUGGGGACUUGUGGGUAAUCAUGUGGUGUUAUUAACCCCUUUGAUCUGAUUAGAUCCCCAGAGAGGCUUCAUAUUGGUUUAGAGGUCUCUACCAGCCGGGAGACGGAUUUAUCAUAG